GAAAUAAAUAUUUUCAUGUUUAUAGUUUUAUAGAAGUGGUAUUUUAAUUGGGUACUUAUGAAACAGAGUUAGAACCUUAUGAUUAGAACCGUACUGCUUAACUUAAUCGGCACGGUAUAACGAAAGUGUUGUGGCGGUACUUAAAUUGGGAAAUAAGAAGGAUUCAAACAAGUUUGGUGUGACCUUGUCCCGUUAUCAUUAUCAUACAAUUACCUAUCGCAUUCGACUGUCGGUUGUGUGUGGAUCAGUGUAUGCCCUGCAUUGUAGCUCUGAACUUUAUGGCAAGAGACUUUUAUCUGAACUUAUCAUGGCAAGAGGCGCACUUUUAAAAUCGGCUACGACCUUGUACAGUCGCCAAAAUUCAAAAGCUGUAGCCUCACAAUGCCGAGGCUUCACCACCCAGCUUACGGAGCAGCAGCAGAGUGUCCAGGACCGUGCACGCCAGUUCAGCAUUGAGCACCUGAAACCCAUUGCCUCGAGACUGGACACGGAGGGGCGCUUCCCUCAUGGGGAGAUAAAGAAACUAACAAACAUGGGCUACAUGGGAGCUACAGUCUCUGAAGAAUACGGCGGCCUGGGGCUGGACUACCUGUCCCUUGCCAUCAUUGUGGAGGAGCUCUCCCGAGGGUGCGCCAGUACCGGCAUGACACUCUCCAUUCAUAACUUCCUGUAUGUGAACCUGGUUAAUGAGAAAGGAACUCCGGAGCAGAAGGAGCAGUUCCUGAGGGAUUUCACCAAAGGAUCGAUUGGGUGCUUCGCCUUGAGUGAGCCUGGCGCUGGCAGCGACGUGGCCAGCAUCCAAGUGACAGCUAAACAAGAUGGCGACUACUGGGUGCUGAACGGCCGCAAGAGCUGGGUGACCAGCUGUAUUGAGGGUCAUGCAGCCGCCGUGUUCGCCACCUUCGAUCCAGCGCUGAAGCACAAGGGUCUUGCAUGUUUCUUGGUACCAUUGGACGCUGAAGGAGUAUUCAGAGGCAAGAAGGAACCAAUAAUGGGGAUCAGUGCGGCCCACAGAGCGGCCACCGCUUGCGACCUAACCCUGGACCACGUCAGGAUUCCGAGCAGCUACCUGGUGGGCAAGCCGGGGGACGGCUUCCGAGUGGCCAUGGAGCAACUGGACCAGGCCAGGAUCGGCAUCGCGGCUCAUGCUGUGGGUAUAGCCCAAGCAGCUCUAGACACAGCCAUCGACUACGCAAAAGAGCGAGUGGCGUUUGGAAAGAGUCUUACCAGAUUACCUUCAGUCAAGGACCGUCUCACAGAAAUGAGCGUGCUAAUAGAAACAGCUCGCCUCCUUACUUAUCGUGCCGCCACCGCUGUUAACACUAAGAAUAGUGCUAUGGCGAAGUAUGUGGCGGGACGCAACGCUGUGGCGGUGUCAGAUCAUUGCGUGCAAAUCCUAGGCGGCAGGGGACUGUCUACUAAAUAUGAUGCCGAGAGACAUUAUAGGGACGCUCGUGGUACGCAGAUCUACGGCGGAGUGACGGACAUUCAGAAACGGCUGGUCGGACAUUUCCUACUCAAAGAACACGACGCGCUUUGACGAGCGAUGUAAUUAAUGAGCGAUGUGAUGCGUAGCGCGCAAGUAACUUCUAGAACGCAUAAUAACGAGACUUUUUUAAGAGUAAUUAAGUAUACAAGAUUUUAUAAGAAAUGGGUAUUUAGAGACUUGAGGAGGACAGUUACUUUUUCUUAAAUUGAAAAAUAAUAGCGGUUUUAUCCGUUAUGCACUGAGGGGUGCAAUGUACAUACAUACAUAUAAUCACGUCUAUAUCCCUUGCGGGGUAGACAGAGCCAACAGUCUUAAAAGACCACGUUCAGGUGUUUGGUUUAAUGAUAGAAUUGAGAUUUAAAUAGUGACAAGUUGCUAGCCUGUCGCCUAAAAAAAGAAUCCCGUUUAUAAGCCUAUCCCUUAGUCGCCUUUUACGACAUCCAUGGGAAAGAGAUGAAGUGGUCCUAUUCUUUUUUCUAUUGGUGCCGGGAACCACACGGAUAGGGGUACAAUGUGAUUGCCCCAUUAAAAUAAAAAAUUCUUACUUAUAUUUCGUUCUUUACUUAAUCACGCUUCACUUAAUCAAUCUUCUUACUUAUAAUACUGACCUCCAUAAGUAAAUAUUAACCCUUUAUGUAUAUACCCUGUUUAUAAUAAUAAAAUUCAAACCCUGCAUAUCUUAUUUUUUAAGUGACCGAAUUAUAACUUUCUUUUCUAGUCUAUUUACUUUACGUAAUAAGUACCUAAUUUAGUUGUUGGCGAAAUAAUGGCAGAAAUAUGGGCCAAAUUUUUACUUAAUUUACGCUUAAAUAUUGAAGUCAGAAAACCUUCUUUAAAAAGAAUUUUAAAAAAGAACAAGUAAUUUGUACUAAGAGAAAGUCGAGAAUUACUCUUCCCUGUGAAAAUAGCUGAACCAUGUUGAUGUAUUUAAAUUAUAGAAUAAAUUGUCUUUUAGAAGUAGGAUAUGUAUGUACAAUUCUGAAGUCACGUAAGACGGUUAGUGAUUUGUUUAUACGGUAUUAAAAGUAUGGCCCUUUCGUGAAUUGUGUUUACUAAAGGUCUUUCCACACCACACACAUCCUGUCACGUUCUCGCCUCGACUCUGGUGUUUUUAUUCGUUUGUAAUAUCUUUAUUGCAUAGAAAUUUACACAGUAACAAGAAAAUAGUAAGUACAUAGUUAUAAAAGAAACAAAUCACUUGCAAUGGCGGACUUAUCCCAUGAAGUUUGGUGGUGGUGUGACCUUUAUAUAUGGUGGUACUUUUAUGUACACUGUACUGUUUACGAAAAAUAACGACUGUUUUGACAGCAGGACAGAAUGAUACAUUUGUAAUUAGAGCGAAAGAGACAGACGAACAAAGUUCGUGUUUGAUAGCUGUCUGUGACUUUUUUCUAGCACUAGUGUUAUCGACAUUCCAUGUGUCAUCUUUAUUUCUUGGUUACAAAAUGGAAUUUUAAGACUAAAUUUCUAUGUUAUCAUUAUUUUUAUCAUCUUAUAAACUUUCUGCUCAAUUUUGUUUAUUUAUUCAUUGUAUAUCUUGAGUAUGACUCUUUUUGUACUAGCGAUACAUAUUAAUUCCCUACAUUCAAAUUAUAAGUUCAUAUAAGUCUUGGAGCUGACAAGGGACAAUGGCCCGAAGCUUAGAUAUAUUAUGUUAAAUUUUGAAUCGCAUGUUUGAAUUGAGAAGCACCCGUGUUUUAUUUGGUAUGUAUGCUAGGCAUUGCCACUCCCGCACAGAAAAAUAUAUAUGGUCAAAAAGUUGAAAAACUUGUUAUUCCUAAUGUUGGUUUUGUAUAAGCUUGGAAUAGUUCUAUUUUGAAAAAGGUUAUAAUUUAGUUUAUAAAGCAUUAUAGAAAAAGUAUUGAUAAAAAUAGAUUUAAGUAAUCUUCUAAUAAAAUAUUUAUUGUUAUGAAAUAUUCUACAUUGUUGAAUUGUAUUAAAAAUAUCUAUUUUUAUAUAA